CAGUCAGCAGUCGUGUAGUGAAGUGACGAAAGGCGAAACGAAAUAGAAUAUAAAAUAUAAGCAACAUAUACAGCACAAAUGCCAAGCGAAAGAAAGAAAUUAGCUAAAAAUUCUUUCGCGUGCACACACAUAUUGUGGAUUUAAAAGCAAAUUAAACGUUUUUGUUUCGUCGCGACGCAUUGGAAAAGGUGAACAACAAAUGCAACUCAACUCAACUCAACUCACUAACAACAACAGCAACAAUUCCAAAGCUGAAAACUUGAAACAUAUGCAAUGGCAAAUGUAUAGCAUGUAUACUAACCCAAAGAAAAUAUUGAGCCAAGUGAAUGAAUACUAAUCGGUUACUUCCUCCUCUAUACGCAACGCGCACACAAACACGCACACAAAUACACACACACAUACACACGUAUAUAUAACGUAUACGUAUACGUAUUUUUGUCGCACUCACACUUUGUGAUUGAUGAUGACAACGCAGCAGCAGUUGACGGCAGCAGCAGCAGCAUCAGCAGCAGAGGCGUCAGCAGAGGCGACGCAGAGCAGCGUUGACAACACAGCCAUGACAGCAGCAGCAACAGCAGCAACAACAAAAUCAGGCAGCGCCAAUGGCAGUGCGGGUGGUGGUGGUGGUGGCGGCAACAACAGCACGAAGCAGAGCAGCAAACACAGGUCGAGGUCAUCUGCUCGCUACGAUGACGUGGAGCGGCAGCAGCGCAAGAGUCGUGGCCUAGUCUCCAUACCGAAUACGAUUAAACUGAGCAUGCUCAACAGCGGACUGCUGAGCUUCGAUCGCAUCAAGCUGGAGGCGCGCGAUGAGAAAAAUUCGCUAUCGAAGACGAUACCCAUGGGGCCCAUUGAUGUGCGGCAUUUUUUGAAGCUCUGCGAUCUGCGACGCAAGUUCCCAGUGCUCUAUAAACUGGAGUUUCAAACCGCUGCCAAGGUGGAGACAAACACCUGUCGGCAUGCCCUGAAGAAGAACAAUCAGGAGAAGAACCAGAAUCCCAAGUGCAUUCCAUAUGACUACAAUCGCGUUGUGCUGCAAAAGCUGCCGGGCGUAUCCGACUCGGACUAUGUCAAUGCCAGCUAUGUGGACAGUCUGCUCAAGCCCAAUGCGUAUAUCGUGACCCAAGGACCUGUGGAGGAAACGGUGAACGCCUAUUGGCGCAUGGUCUGGCAGGAGAACAUUAGCGCCAUUGUGAUGCUAACGAAGACCUUCGACUUUGCCAAAGUGAUGUGCGUGCAGUACUGGCCACCCAACAUGGAAGUGCACGAGACCUAUGGCGACAUACACAUCAACAUUGUGCGCGAGGAGCAGCUGGCCAACUUUCACAUACGCACGUUCCGGCUGUAUAAGAAGAGCGAGACCGGUGAAGUGACCGACGAGCGACUCAUUCUGCAAUUUCACUAUACGGAGUGGUACUCGCACUCCUGUCCCUUCUCGAAUGCGCUGCUGGAGUUCAGACGCCGCGUGCGCCUCGUCGUGGGCAACAUCAUACGCGAUGGCGAGGAUGUGGACAUGCGUGGUCCCAUUCUGGUGCAUUGCAGCGAUGGCGGCGGUCGCUCGGGUGUUUACAUGUCCAUUGAUGCCAAUCUGGAGCUUGCCGAGGAGGAGGAGUGCUUCAAUGUCUUUGGCUAUCUCAAGAAGCUGCGCCAGUCGCGCAAGGGACUCGUGGAGAACGUCGAGCAGUACAAGUUUAUUUACGAUACGCUUGAGGAGCACAUUAUAUGCGGCAAGACCUGGUUUCCCGUCUCGGAGCUGUCCGAUCGUCUCAAGGCCAAGGCGCGUCGCAAUUCGGGCACCAAGAUGAACGAGUACCAGGCGGAGUACGAUCAGAUCUGCAAGCAAACGCCGCGCUUCACAAUUGGCGACUGCGCUGGCGGCCAUCGCGCCGACAAUCGUGAAAAGAAUCGCGACGUGCUCUGCGUGCCCCCGGACAACUUUCGGCCGUAUCUCACCAGUUUCCAGGGCAAUGCCUUUACGGACUACAUCAACUCGGUGUUCGUGGAUGGCUACACCAAGCCGCGUGAGUACAUUGUCACCGAAUGGCCCAUGAAGCAUACGCUGGGUGAGUUCUGGUCGCUGGUCUACGAUCACGAGUGCUCCGCUGUCGUCGUGCUCUGUCAGCCGCCGGCGCAGUCUCAGCAGUAUCCCUCGUUCUGGCCCAACAAGUCGAAGCUGGAGAAAUACGGUCCAGUGUUCACCGUUCACUAUGUCAUGUCCAAGAGCUAUACGAACAUCAAGCAGUGGGAGUUCAAGAUCAACAAGAAGAUCGUCUCGCUGACCGAGAUGAUGGCGGGCGUCAAGGCGCCCACGCGUACCGUCCAGCUGUUUCAGCUUACCUGCUGGCCCAUGGGCCAUAAAGUACCCAGCUCGACCAAUUCGCUGGUCUAUCUGAUGAACAUGGUUGAGAUCUGGCGCAACAAGGUCGACUACGGACCCGUCUGUGUUGUCUCGCCCGAUGGUCGCAGCCGUGCUGGGGUUUAUUGUGCGGCCAAUGCGUGCAUCGAGCAGGUCAUACAGCACGGCGAAGUCGAUGUAUUCCAGGCCGUCAAGACCGUGCGGCGACACCGUCCACAGCUCGUUGAGAACAUGACCGAGUACAAGUAUUGCUACGAUCUGGUGCUGCACUAUGUGCUGCACUUUCUCAACAAAAAGGAUUGAGCAUCCCAUCACACACACACACACACAUUUUACUUUUUUUUGUGCGCUCCUUGGCACUGCAUACAUAUACAUAUAUGUGUGAAGCUAUCUAUAUAUGUAUUGCGGGUUGCCUUUGCUGCGGGAGCUGCUUCGAUGGUUAACAAACAAAACUUUGUCCAAGUGGUCCACUUUUGAAUGCCUCUUACUUAACUUGCUGGCAUUGCAUGUUGUCUGUUUAGGGGGCGGGGCGGGGCUAGGCACAGGCUUUCCAAGCAGUACAACUGUGUAGACUCUUGUUGUUGUUGUGUUUUCCACACAUUUUUUUAUUGAGAGCUGCGUUCAGAAAUGAAAUUUCCAGCGCACGCUAAUCGAAUUUAUUUCGAAUUUGUUUUGUCUCGGUCCAAGCGUGGACCGUGGAACCCCCCACAUACAUAUGCAUACUAC